AGUUAUUUGCCUGAAUUUUCUGGACAAUCACUCGCUCUCAGACUCAUCCAAAGCCUGCCCUUCAGCUCCUCCUUUCAUUUACAUCUUUCAAUCCUUUUUUCGCAAUUCAAAUACGCCUUUCUGCAGUUCCAUCUCAAAAUCUUCUCCUAUGGCUCUUUCCUCAAUCCGCUUUUUUGUUCAAGGCUUUGAUUUGGCAUAGCUUGGAAUGUUAGAUAAUUUCCCGUGAUCUACAUGUCGGCCAUCUUUGUUCUUUUAGAGCAAUCCUUGUUAUUACCAUUCAUUAUUUCUGCAUUCAAGAAUAGGCGAUUGUAUUGAUGGCUUACGGACUCACAAUUCGUAUAUUUCUCAAUUACCGAGUUUGGCGUUGGAUAUAAAUGGGUUUUUAGCAGGGGAACAACAGGAUGAAGUAGAAUAACCUGCCGUAUAACAAAUUGACGGUCUCUUCCUUGCAAAUGGUCAUACAAACUUGCCAGUUCUGUUCAAUCAUUUAAAGAGAUCGAUAAAUGUUUAGUGAAUUUUACGAAAGAGAGGAGACAGUCCUUAUACCCAUGUAUCAGUAGGAGGAAUUGAAACCAUUUGAUGGAAGAUGGGAUUAACAAAAUUUUCUGCUGCUGAAUUGUUAUUGUGGAUUAUUUGGCAAGUGAAGAACAAGCAGAAUGUUGGGAAAGGCUGUAGUAUCAAAUAUUUGCGGUGCAUGGUUCACCAACUCAGAAUUAUGCCUGGUUGAACAAGAUUGAUGAGUGUUGGAGCAAUGGGAAGAACAUGACCUGGUGUAUUCUAGAAACCCACAGCAAGCUUCCAUCAAUAGAAUGCUAAGAUAGGAUUGAAAUUGUUGAACAUAUUAAACAUGUUUAUUCAAUAUUUAUUCUAGCAUGAUCAGCAUUUUUAGACAUGUUUUUCCUCUUCUUUGUUUUUCGUUCUGAAGAAUUCAUUUAUUGUUUUAUUCUUUGACUCUACUUCUACUACAUGCCAUACUUUACUUUUAAAAACUAACUCUCCAAAUUCAUUUCAGCUUGAUUUAGUUUGAUUUGAGUUUGAAAAGAUGGCUACUAUAAAGUUGCGUGCAAGUGGAGCAGAGAAGUGUCUGUCAGCCCAGGAGCAACAAGCAAAAAUAAAUGAGAUUAGAAAGUUGAUGGGUCCUAUUGUCAGCAUGUUUCCAGUGCUUUGUUCAGAGGCAUCAAUGUUAAGAUACCUCAGAGCAAGGAACUGGAACACAAAGAAGGCAAGCAAGAUGCUGAAGGAAACCUUGAAAUGGAGGCUGCAAUACAAGCCAGAGGAAAUUCGAUGGGAAGAUGUUGCUCAUGAAGCUAAGACUGGGAAACUUUACAGAGCUGACUAUUUUGACAAGCAUGGGAGAACUGUUCUCAUCAUGAGACCUGGCUUCCAGAGUACAAGCUCAGUAGACAUGCAAAUCAAAUACUUGGUUUAUUGCUUGGAGCGAGCCAUAGCAGAAUUAGGAACGGGUCAGGAGCAGAUGGUGUGGUUAAUUGAUUUUGAAAAGUGGAACAUGUCAAGCAUAUCUGUCAAGGUGACUAGGGAAACGGCUCAUGUCUUGCAAAAUCACUACCCAGAGAGGCUAGGACUUGCAAUCCUUUACAAUCCUCCAAAAGUCUUUGAGUCGUUUUGGGUGAUGGUGAAACCAUUUCUUGAGCCCAAGACAACCAAGAAAGUGAAGUUUGUGUUCUCCAGCAACCGAGAAAGCCUGAAGAUAAUGGAAGAGCUGUUUGAUACAAACAAGCUCGAAUCAAUCUUUGGUGGUAGAAACCCGGUCAAGUUUAACUACGAAGCUUAUGCAAAGCAGAUGAUGGAGGAAGACAGGAAAAGAACUAGCUGCCUCAGGUCUGGAGGUUUGUCUCCUUGUGCAUCGCUUCUGACAUCUCCAGACCCCGCUUCUGAGGCCUCUGACGAAGGCGACUUGUCCUCUGACGAUGAAACUUCCCACUCUACUAAAGGUUCUCAACUUGGCCGCAAAGCUGUGGCAAAUGCUUCCACCAACUAAAUUGAAUACGCCGUUGGAAUUGAGAAACUGGAUAUUGGAUCCAAGAUACUGCUGCUUUUUGUUGUAGUUUCAGCUUGUACAAGCUCAGAAUGAGCACAAAUUGUGAUCUAGAUCUCUUUGUCUCAUCCCACUUGGCAGUUGCCAAUUCUUUAUUUUUUUUUUUUCGAACGCACAAGACUGGCCAAAAUGAAGCAAUAAGAUAUGCUUUGAGCCAAAAUGUAUUCACUUUUCCUUUUUCUUUUUACCCUUCUUUGGUUAGUUAAUUGUGUAGAUGUCCGGAUAGUACAAAAUCAAAUCUUAGUAUCUAUUUUAGGUUAUGUUCAAUUAGGAUACUCAAUUAGGGGAUCACU